AUGGCCCUCAGUAUCCGGCAAAAGAGGGUGCGAAGAAUCUCCGGAGACCCAGUCCAUGGGGUUGUGGUGCAAGGCCCUGUGGAUGGCACGUUAACAGGAAGAAGUUUGGAAGUGGUGGAGGAGCUGCAGAGGAGAAUGGUUGACGUGGCUGCAUUACAGGAGAUCAGAUGGAAGGGUGAGGGUACAAGAUUUGUGGGGGCUAAAGGUGGAAGAUAUAAGUUGUGGUGGAAGGGGAAUGAUGGUACGGGAGGAGUUGGUGUGAUGGUAAGAGAAGAGUUGGUGGAGAAGGUGUUGGAAGUGAGGCGGAGAAGCAAUGGUGUAAUUGUGGUGGUGAUGGUGUUUGGAAAAGUAAUAGUGAGGGUGAUAUCAGGAUAUGCUCCGCAACAAAGUAGGAAGGAAAAGGAGAAGGAUAGGUUUUAUGAUGAUGUUUCUGACGAGAUUGGGCAAGCGGGGUUGGAUGAGUUUGUGGUGUUGUUGGGUGAUUUGAAUGGUCAUGUGGGGGCGGAUGCAGACGGAUAUGAAGGUGUACAUGGGGGGUGGAGAUAUGGUAUACGGAAUGAGGAAGGGCGUAGAGUGUUGGAGUUGGCGGAUGCACAUAGCAUGGUGGUGGGGAAUACCUGGUUUACAAGGGAACCAGCGCGAUUGAUUACAUAUAGGUCAGGGGAGCAUAGGCCAGUAAUAGACUGUAUAUUGGUAAGGGCCAAACAUAGAAAGUAUGUGAAGAAUGUGAAGGUGAUAUCUGGUAUGCUGCAGCAUAGUAUGGUUGUGAUGGAUGUGACAUCAAAAGAAGUGGGGAGGAGGAAAAAGGAUAAAUUUGUGAAAAAAUCAAUAAACAAAUCACAAAAAUAUUAA